GCGGGCGCGGCCUUCGCGCUGGUGCUCUGGCUGCACUCCUGCACCGGCAUCGCCAUGUUCGGGCUGGUGUUCGAACUUCCAGUUCUGCUCAUGAACCACAGGGAGUUCGCUACGUUCGCGGACAAGCCGCCUGCAUGGUUCCAAGAUCAAAGGCGAGUGGAGGAUUUCUGGAACAGGCUGGAUGUUCUCUUCAAGGUGGGGCGUUAUGGCCCGACUGCUGUAUACAUUUACUCGAUCUGCUUCUGGUGGAGUGACCUCGAGCAGUUGAACGACCAGGAGCAGCGCUCUGUACCAUGGGAUGGCCAUCUUCUUCAGCGCCCUGAACUGGGUCAUGCACGGUACGCUCUUGAACUGGUGGCGCACCAGGGACGGACAUCAAGUCCACCAAGCCCCCGGACGCCGAUGCUUUGGAGGAGGCAGCCCUCAAAGCGCAAGAGGAGGAGGAGGAGCUCCAGGAGAUUGGGAAAGUCCCAGCACAACCCUCAUGCGGCUACUUGCGUCAAUGUCGCGAUGUCCAGCGCACUUACGCCAAUCGACGAGGACGACUUCAAGGCGAGCAUGGGCCCCGACAACCCCCAGGGCAAGGUCUUCCUCGAGAUCGACAGCAUCGCUUACGAGGUCUCAGAAUUCCUGGCCAAGCACCCGGGGGGCAGCGCCGUCCUCGUGGACUAUUCCGGCCGGGACGCCAGCGAGGCCUUUCACCAGGCCCGGCACUCCAUGAACGCGAAGAUCCAGAUGCAGAAGUCGGGGGGGGAGGAGGCGCAGAAGGCCUACCGCAUCUACGAGCAUCCGGAGGCGAUGGGCCGCGUGUGGUCAGAGGGAUUCAGGAUGACGCUGGCCUUCGUGCCCGCCGCCGUCCUGCUGCCCCGGACGAUCCUGGGCGACUUCGCGGAGGCGGCCAACUCGCCGAAGGCCACGUUGGGCGAGAUGCUGGCGCCGGGGCUGGUGCUCAGCAUGUGGGCUGGCUGGUUUUUCCUGAUGGUGUUGUUCGCCACUCUCCAGUUGCAGAUCAGGCUGACUAGGGGCGUGCUGAAGAUUGGUGGAGGCCUGGGCAUGAUGCUGUGCGGCUUCGCCCUGGCGAGGCUGCCGCUGCCCGCAGGAGCCUGCCGCCGGCAGCCCCGACGGGCCUGGAGCUAG